UUUACCUUUAACAAUCUAAAAUGUAUGACAACUCUCAAUACCAUGUAAGGAUGCAAUAAUGUCGUCUAAGGUUGAUUCAAAGUUGUGUCACUCAAAACUGUGAUCAUCGCUGUAACUCAUUACCGGUGGAUCAAUACAAAUUAUACGGAAUGACGACAGGAGCGAACUUUUUUUUAUUACACAAUCAGCUAUAAUUCUAUUAGAGCAUAAAGUUUAUUUUCAGUUUUGGUACAGAGUUAUAAGCAAUGGAGUACUGUUAUUGCAUUGAGAGACAACACCAUCUGACAAGCGAGCUGUGUUACGAAUAAUUGACAAUGUGUAUGAGGGAUUGGAUUAUCUAUCCGACUAUUAUGAUUAUUUCCAAAACAGCAAACACGUGACUUCGUAUGUUUACACGGAAAAUGAGAAAAUCAUUGCGUAUGUAGCUUGUUUUCGAGUAGAUAAUGGAGAAACCAUGGUAUCAAGAGCAUCUCGAGUUUCUCUUGUCCACCGGGGCAAUCAAGUAUAUAAACGUUUCAUAAGCCAGGUUGAGACCCUUCAAAAAGAGAACGGAUUACCUAUUUACCACGCGCUUCUUAAAACUAAAGACCCAUCAGAAAGCUUCUUAGGAACCUACAAACUGGUUGCCACAAAGGCAAUCCAUAUGUUUGAAUAUCGCAAAAGCAAUGUAUCAAGCAAACUUAAAUCGCAUACGGCCGAUUACGCAACUAAAACAAAAGUAAUAGACAAUAUACCAGCUGACUUCCUGUCUCCGCCAUACAGCAAUUAUUUAUUUCCGGAAGGGCGUGUUAUCUUAGACUGGGUACCAUUUCGUUUUUUACAAACUAAUAUUCCAUUGUUAAAAGGAAGGAACACUGUUUUCAUUUCCGAUGUCGCUCAUGCUGUUGAAACAAAGUCGGAAAAAGAAAACAGUGAAACAGACACGCACCAAGAAACGCCAGUUGCUGAUAACAUGCAAGGUCUGUUGUCAGCAUGCACACUAAUCAGGACACAUCAUUGUUUUGACGUUUGCUGUAUUGUUGAUAUGUUUGGAAAUGACAUCCGUUCUUUAAGUGACCAUAUCAUCGUUCAUCUGCAGCGAAUACAUGACACAGACCUAGAAAAUAUUAAUUUGAUAAUUGUAACAUCGAAGGGAGCAUGUGAAAGCUGUUUGCUUGAUAAAAUUAUCGAGCCGUUUGAAAUCGAGAGGGUAACUAGCGGACCAAGAAAAGAAUACUGUACUGAGCAACACGUUUACGAAAAAGAAAUUGAAUAAUUUAAUAUACGCUGACACACACUUGACUGAACUGCAGUUGCAAUUUCUCAGCCUUUUUAUAACGGUUUCGGCUGCAUAAAUCAUAGAACGAUGUGAAACUACAAGAAAACAUUUCCAUGGACACAGGUACGGUUAUAACUGCGCAUGUGUAAAAUAGUUUAUCAUACGCAAAGAUGAAAGUAUAUAUAUAUAACGUAGCGAUUGUGCAAUUGUACCAAGAUCGUCAAGUACUACUUUCAUCUGAAUACUGUAAAAAGGGAUAUGGUUGUGUAACACAUUGUGCCGGACUCAUUGACGCGGAUUAUACGGAAUAGGACCCAGUCACGAAACGACCCUAUUUUUUUUAGAAAAAAUAUCUGAAAUAAAGGAAUAUUGCAGCAGAGCGAACUGCAAUGACCCCACAUGGUUACAUAUACAGCGCAUAAUUUCAUAAUUAUAAUAUAUUACGUUAGCAUGAGAAAUUUAUAUUUCUGUUCAAUUUGGAAAUCCAUAAAAUGAAAAGUUAAACUGUUUAAAACUUUAGUAAUAUAACAACUCAAAACUGAGCUGAAUAAAUUUGGAAACAAAGAUAAAUAUGACAAGUAAAUAACUGGUUUGAACAGUACAUCUAGUUACAUAAAACAUUGAAACGUCCGAUAGAAUGUAGUUUGCAUGAUGAUAUACGUUUGCAUCUUACACAAAAAGCCCGCCCGCUUAGCUCAGUAGGUAGAGCGUCGGUCUACGGAUCGCGGGGUCGUGAGUUCGAUCCUCGGGCGGGGCGUAUGUUCUCCGUGACUAUUUGAUAAACGACAUUGUGUCUGAAAUUAGUCCUCCACCUCUGAUUCAUGUGGGGAAGUUGGCAGUUACUUGCGGAGAACAGGUUUGUACUGGUACAGAAUCCAGGAACACUGGUUAGGUUAACUGCCCGCCGUUACAUGACUGAAAUACUGUUGAAAAACGGCGUUAAACCCAAAACAAACAAAACAAACUUACACAAAAAGCAAUAGAACUAUAACCAGAUUUUUUAAAAAAAAUUUUCAGAUACGAAUAAGUUGAAAAUAUUUCUUAGUGAUUUAAGUUUAGUUAGAUUAUAUGCCGAAAUCUUUUACAACACUUUAUAUAGAAGAAUGUUUUUGUAUGAUAUUUUGUAUACAAGUAGCUUAUUAACUAUUAGCAACAACAUCCUGGUUUUAAACUUUGUAAUUAUGUAUUAGUGAUAGAUAGUGUAUAUAAUACAAUAUAUAAGUUUUUUUUUAUAGUUGUAAUGUUUUGAAUGACUGUGUACUUUCGUUUUGAAUAUGUUUAUGAAAGAUAUCAAAUACAUACCAAACCCAC